CGGUGGCACUGCAUUGCAAUGGGAGAGGAAGUUGAAUUGUCGACUCUUGUCGCCCAUGGGAUCCGUUGCAAUUUGAAAUUGAUGAAAGCUCGGUGUGGGCGUGUAAUUACAUUCCACAUCCAGCGAUGGUGGAUAAUGGUCUUGCUCAUUAACUGAGCCGGCUGACUGCCUGCGUGUCUGGCUGCUAGGGCUUUAUUAUUAGUGGUGAUGCACCGGGUUUGUGGGACUGUUUCGUUGAUGAGACUUAUUGAGCGGUUUCAAGAGCUUGCGGGUGACGGCGGUCGAGAAAGUGUUGAGGGCGACGGAGGAAGGGAGACGUGUGGGGUUAGUUGUAGUCUUUGGGGCUGGGAAGAGUUGUUGGACCAUUGCUGUUACAUGCCGCUUCUCCUUUGUCACUAUCAUGCACGGAUUUGGUGGUGGGCACCUCGAUCAUCGGCUCACGUUUGAACUUCGUAUACCGCCGAUGGCUGGCUAGACUCCAGAUAUGUCAGAUUGAGCAACCCUGGUGUGUCGAGUAUGAAUCAGAUCUGAAGCUGAGAGGAUGAGUAGAGAUCACGAGUCGGUGCGAGAUAGGUGUACGAUCCAAAUUCUGUUUCCGCGAAGGGUGUCAACCCUGUUUGAAGAGCUGCUUUGAGUGGAAGGCAGCGUGAGGUUCUGUUGGAUUGUAGUGUCCUGUAUCCAUGGCUACUAGAGCUAUGGUGUCGUUGGUGAUCCUACUCUUCCUGUCGUGUGCACCGCUCGUCCCGGCUCAAGUGCCAAGUCCAGCUCCUGCCGUGUUCACCCCUGUUGCACCGCCACCCGCCAAGGUCACGCCACCCAUCGUCUGUACACUUCCGAACACCACAAUGAUCUCCCCCAACUACUGUAAUGCCCAUGACGAGCAGAGCAUGGAGAAUCAGACAGCAGUCUGUGACGGUUUCCUGACAAUGUCCGUGGACAUUCCUAGUGCAGAGUGUUGCACAGGUCUGAACAAUGUCGCUUACAAUCGCACCGCAUGCAUCUGCAAGAAGGCUUUCUAUCCACCCACAAAUCACAAUGCGUCUCGGCAGCUAGGUCUCCCCAGGCUCUGUGGCGUGCGAACAGAUCUAUGCGGCCAGUGUCCCAUGUUCACAGUCCCCAGUGGCUCCGGAGAUUCUUCCAAUCUAACUCCUCCCACACCUCGCCUGGCAGAGACGUCAACAGCUUCCACAGUGGGCGCGAUUUCUAUGGCGGUCAUUUUUGGGGUGCUCCUGGUAGGCUUCAUCGUCUUCUUCGGCUUAAUGCUUAUCAGGAAGCGAAGGGAAAAAAACAACGCCGCGGCGCCUUUUCAAGCCCCUCCACCAGGUGGGGCAUUUUGAGUGACCGGUGUCUGAAGGUACUGCUCUUAAUAUGCACCUCCUCAUUUAAAUGAAGCAAGCGCUCAAUCAGUGGCUUGUGCAUUUGUCAAGCUUUUGUGGGGAACUCAAUCACUUCUGCUCAGGAGGAAACAAUGUACCAGGAUUCCAAAUGGAUCCCUACAAAGAUCCAACCUCUCCUCUUCCGGAUCCGCAGAUUGCUUGUGGCUCUGCCAGCAUCCACUUAAUGCUCAGUUCGCCAUAUCCUUACCGCAAGGAAGUAUAUGUGUCCGGUUACAGACCAGCCAUGUAAUCCCUCACAACCAGUUUUGCACAAAGCAGCAUAUAGCUCGUAUGUUGUUGAGAUUCUCCCUCAUCUUUUUCCUACAUAGAUCAUUCCUGUCCCUUUCUCACACUUCUGAGGCAGUGAUUGGUGCCCGGCAGCUACACCCACUCUCGAGAAUCCUUGAGUGAGACCAUUUGAACUGAGACCAAGUCGGGGCAUCUCUGGAUUCAUUUGCACCUUAGCGAUGAGCACAUUGAAUGCCUCGAAUCGGCAGAAGCUGGUAUUUGAGGUCUUGCCUGGUAGCCGCAGCAGGACGAAGCUGCCCCUUACAGCAUAUCUGUGUUGUGUAGAGAAGAGGUUAUCCCCUCUGAUCAUCAUGUUUUUGUUCCGACCAACUACUUCAAUGUAAUGUUUGAAUCUAUUCAUGACAUCCCUUUUCUA